UUUCAGUAAACUUUUAGAGCUAAAACAAGAAGCCGAGCAGAAACAAUUACAUCUUUCACAGAUAUUAGAAACAGAACUACGCGCUAAAUGGCACUAUGUAAAACAAAUUGAAGAAUUGACAGCUGAAAUCAAACAGCUAAAAUAUGAGUUUAACGAAUUUCGUAUUGACCGCCGAUUCAAUCUGGAGUUCGAAAAUGAAUCAGAAGAGUUGAAAAAAAUCAAAAAGGUCCAGUCAUUUUUUCGUGGUUGGUUAUGUCGUCGUCGAUGGAAGCAUAUCGUUGAAGAGUAUAUCCGAUCUGAGCAUGCAGAAUCAAUGCGUAAACGUAACAGUAUUGUCUUUGGUCUUGUUGAAUGUGAAGAUGAAUAUGUUCAACAAUUAUCCAUUCUAGUUACAUGUUAUCUAAGACCAUUUCGUAUGGCAGCCAGCUCUAAAAAACCAAUUGUUACGCAUGAAGAUGUGAAUUCAAUAUUUUUAAAUGCUGAAGCAGUCCUAUUCUUACAUCAAGUAUUUGUACAAGGAUUACGUAAUAAAAUGGAACACUGGCCAACUUUACAAUUAGGUGAUCUCUUCGACCUUUUACUGCCAAUGUUGGGAAUAUAUCAAGAAUAUGUACGUAAUCACCAUUACUCCCUACAAGUAUUAGCUGAGUACAAACAACGUCCAGAGUUUACGCAUAUGCUUAAGCGUUUAGAAGAGAAACCACUGUGUGAAGGUAGAUCAAUUGAAUCAUUUCUUACCUAUCCAAUGCAUCAAAUUCCACGUUACAUUAUCACACUGCAUGAACUUCUUGCACAUACACCUUAUGAUCAUGUUGACAGAAAAAAAUUGGAGUUUGCUACAUCAAAACUUGAACAAAUUUCACAUGUGAUGAACGGUUAUCUUAUACAAGCAAAAAUUAUGCAUGAUGAGGUCAGUGAGACAGAGAAUAUAAGAAAAAAUUUGGCCAUUGAACGUAUGAUUGUAGAUGGAUGCGAUCUAUUGUUGGAUGUCAAUCAGGUAUUUGUACGUCAAGGCACAUUAAUUCAGGUUAUGUGUGAUAAACUACGUUCAUCGCGUUCAAGGCUAAGCAAUUUUGGGACAUCGUGUAAAGAAAGAAAAGAGGCUAUUCGUCAAGUGUUCCUAUUCACCAAUCAUUUAUUGAUUACAGCCAGAACUAAUAAUGGAAAGUUGAGAUUAGUCAAGAAUUGUGGUAAAAUUUCUCUGGUUGAAUGCACACUUGUCGAAGACACUACAGCGGAAUUAUUCAAUAUAGAUGAUGAAGAUCAAACAAAUCUUGGAAGCGAUCAAAAAGCUCAACAAGAAAAUGGUUCUCAUAUAAUGACAAGAAGUAAUAUUGCUCCUCUGUUAAGUUCAUCCCCUUUAAAUACAAACAUUAACAGUGAAUUACAUUCACGAAACUCCUAUCCUGUCAACAUUGUACAUGAUUCUAGUCAUCAACACCAACAUCCUCAUCAAUUACACAAACGUUAUACAUGCCCUGAUUCCACUCUGAAUAGGAAUAUACCACCUGUAAAUACCGCAUAUCGUGUUGAUCAGCUCUGUAGAUCUAUACCUUUGUCUUCUGGCGGUGGAAUCAUACAGCAAUCGUUGCCGACAACAACUACGCCGACAUCUGUUUCAUGGUUACCCUCAUUGAGUGUUCAGCAUAGACAUUCUGCAUCAUUGUGCACAUCAUCAACAACUGGUGACACUGAUGUACAACAUAGCACAAUAAGAAGUCCUAUCAACCAACCUGCGACUACUAUUAUCACGAAUAGUGGUACUACUUUUACGCCUAUGUCGAAUAUUUCGAACGCGUCUAACAACACUGUACAAACUCGUAGUAGUUCAAAUGUUAGUUAUUCAACAACAGCGCCAACAACAUCAGCAAUGCCUACAACAGCAACGACGACACCAGAUAUUAAUGUAGUCACGAGUCCUACAUCUACCCAACAUCCAACAAGUCCAUCAUUUUCAAUGUUACACAGAUUUAGUAGUAAUAUGGGUUUGUUGAACUCAUUGAAUACAACUGCCACUUGUAAUACAGAUAAAACAGAUUAUGGGAAUUUAGAUUUUCGUUUAAUAUGGGAACCUAAAAAUGGUCAACCGACAAGUAUAUGGCUUGUUGCGUCAACACUGCAAGAAAAAGCAGCUUGGUGUUCAGAUAUUAGUCAAUGUAUUGAACAGCUACACUAUGGUGAUAUUCUGAAUUCAGCUCAAUCGGAUGUCUCAUCAGUAGCUAUGCCUCAAUCUAUCCGAUCGGAUCCAAAGUUGUUUAAAGAUGAUGUUGAUAUUAAAUUCAGUCAUACAUUGAACUCUUGUAAAGUUCCUCAGAUUCGAUAUGCAACUGUUAGCCGGCUGUUGGAUCGUUUAACGGAUGCGCGAUUUUUGUCAAUCGAUUUUUUGAAUACAUUCCUUCUUACCUAUCGUGUAUUUACUACUGGUCUCUCGGUGAUUUGGUCAUUGAAUCAAGUAUUAGCAAAUCCAGAUGUGGAGAAUAGUACUGGUUCUAAUAAUAGUUCUAUGUGUCAAAAUCAGAAUCAAUCAUUUACUUAUUCUCAUUUUGAUAAUCCUGAACCACGUGACCCGUGGAGUAUACCAAGACCGUCAGAAAUUUCUUUGACAACAACAACUACUACUACUGCGAAUCGAUUGCCAGUGCUAGAAGAAGCUGUGAACAGUAGAAUAGACGACACCUCCCCGAGUCCAAAUUCAGCCUCUCAGACAGACGAUCGAUGUGAAUUACAUCACAGCAAUAAUAAUGAUAAUAAUAAUAUCGAUGGGAAUUCAGACGAAUUGACGACAGCGACACAACAAUCAUCCAGUAGACUAGAACAUACGACAAUGACUAAUACUGAGGUGUCUAAUGCCUCUGUCAGUAAAAUAAAAUCUCAAAAGAAAUUACUUCCAAGUCCAUUAUCUACCUCAGAUAUGAAUCCCUCGCCUACUGUAUCAGGUCAAGAAUAUAAUCCCGGUUGUAGUAUGAGUCGAUCAGAGAUUGGUGAUAGUCGUAGUUUUUUCUCGGAGAAACAAUCCUGUAAAAGUUUCAUGAAUAGAAGUUUCCAUUCAUCAUCAUCGUCCUCAUCAUCAACGGCAGUCAAAAGUCCUAUAAUCACAACACAAUCGACAACUGUCCUCAUUCCUCGUUCACCUGUAUAUAGUACACUGGUGGAUUUACGAGAUGAUCCACCACUGGAGUUACCUAUACUUCCUAAUCCUAAGACGUCGGAGAAAAAGCAACAACCUCGUGAAAGUAAAGAUCCAGUCAAGGAGGCAUCUUCAACUCCUCCCAUACCAUCUCACGAUGAUAUUGAUGAAGGUACUGGUACAGUGAAAGGACAUGCACGUUUAGCCCCUUUAGCUUCAUGUGAAGUAAUUCCAGAUGAAACAGAUCCAGCAGGUAAUUCAAAACAAGAAACCGUAAAAGAUUUCAAAACUCCUUUAUCAUCUUCUAAAGAGAAUAUUGCCAGUGAGAACAGUAUAACUCCUACGACUAACACUCAUGUGGAUCCCAAAAAUUCUACAACUGUACAUAAUACAACUAUCAGUCAUUUAGACAGUCAAUUGGAUAAAACUGAUGACCUGAUACGUCAAGGCGAAAUCCAACCAAGUGUUGAUGAACAUGCCAAAGAACAGCUCAACGGUGUAAGACGCGAGAAAAGUGAAGAUGAGACGCAUUCUUCUUCUAAGCAAAGUGAAUCAACAAAUACAUCGAAAUCAGAUAUUGAAAUUUCUGUGUCAUAUGAAAACCAGCCAAAGGAAUAUUUAAAUUAUGCGCCAAUGACUAAAAUCAAUACACAAAAUAUUGAAAGUAGACAUUUUAAACAAACAAUGGAUCAAUUAUCAAUUUUAAAUAGUCAACAAUUUAGUCAUAGUUGGACAACAAUUAAUCGUAUUGCGUGUAAAAAUGAUACUGACGACUACAACGAUUGUGACGUUGAUGACGAUGAAGAUAACGGCAUUGAAACUGGUGAUGGUGCUGUUUACAAUCAUCAUGAAAAUGACACACCCAAGGAGGAUAACACUGAUAGUAGAAUAAAACGAAUGAAAGAUUGUCAAAUAUUGAAAAAGUUACCUUUAUCAGCAACUAAUUUAAAGGAUAAUGAUAGAUUGUUGGAGAAUUAUUUAAAUCAAACUAUUGGUUCAUCAUUGUUGGCCACAGAGAAUAAUUAUGAUCGACAACAACAGCAGCAACAGCAACAACAACAAGAACAACAGUCGUCAGGGAAUUGUGAUGAGAAGGCAGUCCCUGAGGAUAAUACACCACAAGGUAAAAACAGAUCUGAGUCUGUAAACUGCACACAUCCCGUGAAACCUGCAAAUUCAACAAAACAAUCAACAGUCAGUUUGAAACCUCAUCCUACCAGUCACCAUCCAUCACAGAAAUACUUUCCAGUCGCUGAAAGUUUAGAUUUAGCUACACGGUUGACAGCAAUUACCAAGUCACCGAAAUCAUUCUCCGCCUGCCAAUCCCUUGCUAAACAUACAAUGAUUGCAGCUUUGAACUGCUCUCGAGCAUUCACGGGUUUACAAAAAUCACCGAAUGAGAAUCGUAAUUCUGAUGCCGGUGUAAACAGCAGCAUACAGUCGAAAUAUUUAGAGGAUAACUAUCCAGAAUUUAAAGAAAUCAUUCGCUCUUCACCGUCUAGUCCGAAGAAGUAUUCAGAAGGAUCAGUAAUUAAGAAUAAAAACACAAAACCAAAUGUAAACAUUCAUGAUGCCUCACAGACCCGUGAAAAUGAUAAUAUCAAGUUAUCCCCAAAGUUUUCCACUGAAAGUAGAACAACUCCAGAAGUUGUUUCAACACGUGAAAGUCCAGCAGAGGCAAGACGAUCUGUUCCAAGUUUCAGGUCAACCAGACCCAUGAGUUCAGUUGAAAUAAUAAGACAAAAGAAAACAGAUACUGUUGUCAAUGAACAACGUAAACUUGUACGUAAAACCAACAAAGGACAAGAUUCCAAUAACUCAGAAGAAGGUAGACACCAUCAAGAAACUCUUCAGCCAUCAUCGUCUUCAGUAACAAAUACCAAUAGCCAGACUUCACCAUCUGAUAUUAUGGUAAAAGAAAGACAAGAUUCAUUAAUCCCUCAACAGCUGGGUAUUGGUGAUUGUGCCAGAGGCUCCGUUGUAUCUUGGUCUGGUGUAUCACAUAUUUCCAAGCCUAAACGUCCAUCAGUUUUCUCUUGUCCUGAGGCAGAAUUUGAAUCUCCAAGAUCAAGUGUUAUUCAUCCAUCGUUAGGUGAACUAGCAUCGAACAAGAGAACUAGACCAGGUGCAGUAGUCACAUCUUCAAGAAGAUCGAAACGACGAUCGAGCAAUACCGCAGCUGCUCAAGCCUUUGCUGUCGCCACUGCAGGCAGUGCAAAUCCAUUGGCUGCUGUCGGUAUCAUGGGUUUAGGUCCAAAUCUAUUUCGUCCAGGUGGAUAUCGUUUCUCUGCGGGUACAGCAACCGCUGCAGCUACACAAGUUGGUCUCCGAUCAGGAUCAAGUUCUCUUUCAGGCAGUAAUACAAGUAUUGCUGUCUCAGGGGCGGUAACAAAUCGUACCUCUGUUCAAAGUACUUCUUCAACUAUUACUAGUGGUAUUGUCACAAUCGGGAAUGGGAACGAUGACGCCGCCGCCGCCACCGGAGGAACAUCACUAACCAGUACAGUGGGUUCAUCACUGGUACAACCAACAUCGACAGUAAAUACAGGCUUGCGUUAUAAUCUUGCUCGAAAUGGUUUGACUUCAACAACAACAACAACGAAUAAUCCAUCAGUAUCAGCAAGUAAUACAUUCAACUUUCAUUCAUACAAUUUGACAAGUCCAACAUUAAUCCAGCAUUCAUCUGGUAGUGGUGUUGGUGUUGCCCCCGGGGCAACAUCUCAUCAUUGUACAAAUCAAGCUAAACGGAAUACAAUGUUGGCGACAGCAUCAUGUUUACGUGUGUUAAAUGUUGUAAGACAUUGGAUAACUAAAUUUCCUGAUGAUUUUCAAAGUGACUCAGUUUUAAAACGUGAAAUGCAAACGCUGCUGGAUGCUCUUGUCACCUGUCCACAUUUAAUGCCCAAUGAUCAAAAAGUGGCUGGUCAGUUGUUACUUCAAAUGAUCUCUGAUCAAUUGGUACAUGAUAGAAUUGAUCUUGAUAGUAUAUUAACUCCAACACAGAUCCCAUCAGAGAAGAAUUUUGAUCAGUUGUCUGCGCUGGAUAUCUCUGAACAGUUGACAUUUUUGGAUUUUCAAAUAUUUCGAUCGAUAAGAAGCGAAGAAUUACUCAAUCAGUCUUGGAUGAAACUGGACAAAGAGGAAAAGGCCAAACAUGUCCUGCUGGUUUGUAAACGUUUCAAUGAGGUCAGUCGUCUAGUUGUCUCCGAAAUUAUAUCUCGAACAGAUUUAAACGACAGAGUUAUGUGUAUUGAUAAAUGGGUAGCCAUAGCUGAUAUUUGUCGAUGUAUGCAAAAUUACAAUGGUGUACUACAAAUCUGUGCAGCUCUGGUGAAUAGUUCUGUCUACCGGUUGAAAAGAACAUGGGAAAGAGUUAGUAAACAGACAAAACAGUCAAUUGAUCGACUACAAAUGCUUGUAGCCUCAGAUGGACGAUUCAAAUCAAUGCGUGAAGCACUGCACAGAUGUGAUCCUCCGUGUAUCCCAUACUUAGGGAUGUAUUUAACCGAUUUAUCGUUUAUUGAAGAGGGUGCUUUAAAUAUAACUGAGAAUAAUUUGGUCAAUUUUUGUAAAAUGCGUAUGAUUGCCCAUGUGAUACGUGAAGUUCAACAGUAUCAUCAGACUCCAUAUCUUAUAACUCACAGACGAGAGGUAACGGAUUAUUUACUUGAUCCAACACGUUUGCUAGACGAAGAACAAACUUAUCAAGCAUCAUUAAUUAUAGAACCAAGACAAUCCAUUAAUCGACAACCUCCAACUGGACUGUCAUAG